AUGGGUAUUCGGAUAAUCAUCGAUGAUGAUAAACCAGCAGAAGGCCUCGAAUGGGCGCCACCACUGCGGGUGAUCUCGAUCGUCACUCUUUUCGUUGCCACCCUCGACUUGUUAGCUGAUUUCUUAGUCUGUAUAAGAAUCAGCGAAUACUUGGAGAAUUUCCAAUCAAGGAAAGCCAUUUAUGCUGCUUACGGGUACUUCUUUUUCACUGGUGUCUCAGUGAUGGUUUAUGUUUUUGAGGUAAUUGAUGUCUGCCAAGCUCUGAAGUACGAACAAGAAAAUAUCUUCACAGCAAGACUAGCGAAAAGUCUUGUGCUCACACUAGAAGAGGUACCAAUGCCAACUUUGCUGAAUAUUCUGUUCACGAACGAGCCUCGACUCUCCUUAGCCAAUCCGGUUUUCUUCUCCUCGUGGAUCAAGCUGGUGGCCCUCACUUGGGGAAUCAUCAAAUUCACGAAGCUGCGAUUCUUUUGGCCGUGUCUUCCAUGUAAUCCGAAACAUGAUCGUCGAGAAAACUUUCGACGAAUGUUCACUUUCACUCCAUAUCGAGUGGCGAUGAUCAUCGUCAAUAUCUGUCACAUGUACUGUAUCUUCAUUGUCACGAAAAACAUCAUGGCCAGUGCGAAUGGUGGGCGGCCGAUCAAGGCUGAGAAC